AUGGACGAUGGAAGAGUGGAGCUUGAAGGAAUAGAUGUGGGAGAGACAAACGAGCUUGCCAUUGAGCAGUAUAGGGCUGAAAUCGAAAGAAAGCUUGUUCGUCGGCAAGAUAUGGUCAUUAUGCCUCAGAUGGUCACCCUUUACCUCCUGGCGUACCUUGACCGAAGCAACCUCGGAAAUGCCAAACUCCAAGGCUUGGUUGAAGAUGUCCUAAACGGGAAUGAUGAUGACUACGGCUGGGCAGCGAGCAUAUUCUAUUUCGGAUACGUCAUGUUCGCAAUCCCUUUUACUCUUUAUGGCAAAAGGUUUCAUCCCUCCAGGUUUAUGUUUGUUUGCGUCCUGGGAUGGGGUGUAUCUGCGUCCGCCGCCGCCGGUGCCUUUAAUUUUGCCGGCCUUGCAAGUUCUCGAUUCUGCAUAGGUUUAUUUGAAGCAGGAUUUGCGCCGAGUGCUGUUUUCUAUUUUACGCUUUGGUACACGCGCAGCGAAGUAGCGUUUCGUACUUCCAUUUUCGUGGGGAUGGCUGCCCUGUCAGGGGCAUUCGGCGGGCUGAUCGCUUAUGGGAUUUCACUGAUCAAAACUCACUUCGCACGCUGGCGAGUUCUGUUUCUCGUGGAAGGCUUGCCAACCAUUAUUUUCGCUUUUGUGAUUCUAUUUUUUCUGCCUGAUCGACCAGAAACCGCCAAUCUUUUCAGAAACGAAGAAGAACGUGCGGUAUCCAUUGAGCGAAUGAAUCGGGGUCAAGCCAGUGAGGGGCACAAUGUGCUAGUCAAGAGGCACAUUGUGUCAGGUUUCACAGACUGGAAAGUGCAUGCAUGUGCCCUUGUCAAGAUGGGACACGAUGCAGGCCUUGCAACCAUUUCGAUCUUUUUGCCAAACAUCCUCAAGUCACUUGGAUAUACAAAUACCCAGGCCCAGUACAUGACUAUUGGUCCGUAUCUCGUCGCGUGGGUUGUGAUGCUUGGGGUGUGUUUCAUUUCGGACAAGCGGAGAACCCGUGGACCGUUCCUCAUCGGUGCCACCAUGGUGUCGAUAAUAGGGACGGCUCUCAUAGUUUCCUUUCCUGCCGAAGAAAAUCCCCAAAUCGCACUUGUUGGGGUCUUCUUCAUGGUGGCUGGCAUCUUUCCAUGCAUCCCGUUGGGAAUACAAUGGGUGACGGACAAUGCUGGCGCCGAAUCAAAGAAGAUAACAGCAAUUUGCAUCCUUGUAGUCGCGGGCCACUGCUGGAGCAUCCUUGCUAGCAAAAGUUUUCCAGAUCGGGAGGGGCCCGAUUACGUCCGUGGGUAUAGCAUUGUGCUGGCGUUCUUGGGACUUAGCUGUAUUAUGUCUAUCGUCCUGUCCGUUCGCCAUCGAAUUGAAAACGCGCGACGAGACAAGAAAUACGGAAAGCCGAACCCAAUUAUGCCGGUUGAUACAGCGGAAAAGGCGGACAAAGCUCCAAUGUUCCGCUACAUCAUCUAG